GCGCGCUCCAGCCAGCAAGCGAGGAGGCUGCUCGUGCUCGUGCUCGUGCUCGCGGACAAAGAAAGCAAGAAGAAGAAGAAGAGACUUAAAUAAAGAACGAUGAGGGACAGCAGUAUUCCACGCAUCGUGGUCAUUAUCGCGUGUGCGGUGCUUUUCGUGGCCGUUUUGGUGGUGAACGCCUUGGCGGGAUCGGGCAGAGGUCCCUUCCAUUUCUCAACAGGCAAUGUGUCGGGCCGCUAUGAGACGGACAUCACUCCCGCCAGCUGGACCUUCUCCAUCUGGGGUGUCAUCUACACCUGGCUCUCCUUGAUGGUCAUUUAUCUGACUUUGUUUGUGUUCCGAGGAUCCUGGGCUCAAAGUCUGUUGCCUUACACCUUCUACGGCUGCUGGGCCGCCAACAUGCUGCUGAACAUGAUCUGGCUGCUCCUGUGGGACCGGGAGUUGAUGCUGGCUGCACUGGUCGUCUUGAUCCUGGUAUUGGUGUCCAGUUGCAGCGCCUUGAGCGUCUGUUGCUUUGCCACGGACUAUUAUGGGCUGUGGCUGAAGACCUACUACCCUAAAGAUCUGUCCUGUCUCAGAAUCCUGGUCCAGAAUGGUUUGGCUCUCUACACCACCUGGACGGCCAUCGCUUCUUUGAUCAACUUCACUCUGGUUCUUCAACUGUGGGGCGUGGUCAGGAGCACGGCAGCAACAGUGUCUCUCUGCAUCCUGUUUGCUGAGCUGGUUUUAUGGUUCAUCCUUGAAAACUGGAUCCUGGAUCGCUGGGUGCGCAACAUUCUGACCGUGUACCCCGUCGUGAUUGUGGCGCUGCUUGGAAACGUCUGGAAGCAUUUUGUCUCGGCUGACCCCACUCCCAACACCAUUUUCAUGGUCACUCUUCUGGUGUUGGCGUGCAUCCUGCUGGUGUUCCGAGUGUGUAACGUCAUCUGGAGGAAUAAAUGGAGACCCCUCUUCUCUCCGGGCUCCACGCGGUUGCUGGUUUCGCCCCUUGAUGGAAGCAAAGUGGAGAUCUUAUCUUAAAUACCGAGGAUUUUGUCCAUUCUUUAAGACCGCGGUACACUUUCCCCUGGGUAAGACCGACCACUAAUGCUUUUCUACUGAUACAUCCAACUUUUUAAAAGUAAUCCUGCAUUUAUAACCACAGUAUUAUAGACAUGUGCACAAUGUGUAAACAUGAAACCGCUUUUGUCAAUUAUAAGGUCAUUAUUAAAAGCCAUUUUCCACCAAGA